UUCAAGCUCUCCACAAAAUGACGAGUCUCAAGAGAUCACUGGCAUCGGAUCCGUAUGCCUCAAACAUCUCAAGUAAGGUCUACGUGAGGACUACGAAGUCAGGCAAGGUCCAGAAAAUUGUUCGCGAACUUUACUUGCGGCAAGAUAUUCCUUGUUCGUCGAGGCUCUGCUCGAGCUGUCUUGCGACUGCGCCGAGGGAUGCCAGUGGGACGUUAACACCAUUCGUUCUCUCCGAAAAGCCUGCAGGUACAAAAGCAUACCCUCAAGGUCACUACCUCGUUCCAGACACAAACGCACUCCUCACUGCUCUCGACCUCUUCGAACAAACCUCCGCCUUCUACGAUGUCGUUGUCCUUCAAACCGUUCUCGAAGAGCUUAAGAAUCGCUCACUACCCCUCUACAACCGACUCAUUGGCCUCACAAAGAGCGAAGAGAAGCGCUUCUAUGUUUUCUUCAACGAUUUCCGGUUAGAGACAUACGUUGUUAGGGACGAAGGCGAGUCUAUCAAUGAUAGAAAUGACAGGGCAGUUAGGAGAGCAGUCAAGUGGUAUGAUGAGCAUUUGUUGCAAGCUGUCACUAGCGCUGGAGGAAAGAAGAACAAAGUCCCUGCAGUGGUGAUGCUCACAGAUGACAAGGAUAACCUCAAGAAAGCCAAGAGAGAUGGGAUUGAGGCUCGAUCACUCAAUGAUUAUGUGAGCGGGUUGGACAAUGCGGAACGACUUCUGGAUAUGGUUGCUGCAGCGGACGAGAAGCGGGAAAUUAGGAAUUCGAAGACAACGCAGAAUCUGUUUCCAGAACAUUAUUCUGUUUCAAAGAUGCAGACUGGUGUCAAAAGCGGCGCACUACAUCAAGGAACUUUCUAUAUGUCUCCGUAUAAUUACCUAGAGGCUACAGUCAGUACCAGAGCUUUCGACAAGCCGCUGAUUAUAGUGGGAAAGGAGAACAUGAACAGAGCUGUAGAUGGCGAUCAGGUGGUCAUUGAAAUCCUCCCCAAGAGCCAAUGGAAGGAACCGUCUACAAAGAUUAUUGAAGAAGAGACGAUCAACAAGAACGAGAAUGCCGAUGCCGAGGAUGGAGAAGCUGUGGUUACCGAGCGCGAGCGAAGAGCUCUUCGAGAGGAAGUCAAGAAAGUUCACAGCACAGUUGGUGAAGGUCGAGCUCAGCCCACAGCAAAAAUUGUCGGUAUUAUCAAGAGAAUGUGGAGGCAGUAUGUCGGACAUGUGGACGAAUCGUCGAUGAGUCAGGUGGACAGACAGAGCCGGAAGCAGCAUACGGUGUUUGUUCUUACUAUGGACAAGAAGAUACCUAAGAUCCGAAUCAAGACCAGACAGGCUGGUGAAAUUAGCGGCAAACGAAUAGUUGUGGCUAUCGACUCAUGGAAUGCCGAUGAGAGAUAUCCCACAGGUCACUUCAUACGCUCUUUAGGUGAAGUGGAGACCAAAGGUGCAGAGACGGAAGCUCUGUUAUUGGAACACGAUGUUCAAUACCGGCCCUUCCCGAAGGCAGUACUUGACUGUCUGCCAGUAGAAGGUCAUGAGUGGAUAGUCCCUGUGAGCAAAGAAGAUCCUGGCUGGAGAGAUCGAAGAGAUCUUCGUGGCCUUGAAAUCUGCAGUAUCGAUCCUAUUGGAUGUCAAGAUAUUGAUGAUGCUUUGCAUGCAAGACCUUUGCCAAACGGAAAUUUCGAAGUUGGAGUACACAUCGCAGAUGUCUCCCACUUCGUUAAGCCAAACAAUGCAAUGGAUGCAGAAGCCAGUAUCCGAGGCACAACAGUAUACUUGGUGGACAAGCGUAUUGAUAUGCUGCCUAUGCUUCUCGGCACAGACCUUUGUUCCUUGAAACCCUACGUUGAACGCUACGCCUUUUCAGCAAUCUGGGAGAUCACCCCGGAUGCUGACAUUGUGAAAUCAGAGUUCACAAAAUCCGUCAUCAAGUCGCGAGAAGCCUUCAGUUACGAACAAGCCCAACUCCGCAUCGAUGACCCGACCCAACAGGACGACCUCACAAAUGCUAUCCGAACCCUCCUCAUGCUCUCCAAGAAGUUCAAGCAAAAGCGUAUGGAUGCUGGAGCACUUUCUCUCUCCUCACCAGAAGUGCGUGUCGAGACCGAAUCAGAAACCUCGGAUCCGAUUGAUAUCAAGACAAAGAAACAUCUCGAUACCAUGUCCUUGGUUGAAGAAUUCAUGCUGUUAGCAAACAUCUCCGUCGCAGCAAAAAUCUACUCCGCAUUCCCCCAAAUCGCCAUGCUACGCCGCCAUCCCUCACCACCAAAGACGAAUUUCGAUGACCUAUCCCAACAGCUCAAGAUCAAGAAAGGAAUGGAGCUCAAAGUCUCAUCCUCAAAAGAGCUUGCCGACUCUCUAGAUCAAUGCGUCGAUCCCAACGAACCCUUCUUCAACACCCUAGUCCGAAUCAUGGCCACCCGCUGCAUGCGCCCAGCAGAGUAUUUCUGCUCCGGCACAGAAGCAUAUUCCGAAUUCAGACACUACGGUCUCGCCUCCGAAAUCUACACCCACUUCACAAGUCCCAUCCGUCGUUACGCUGAUCUGGUAGCCCAUCGACAGCUAGCCGCAGCUAUCGAAUACGAAACUCUCGACCCAGCAGUACGCUCAAAAUCAAAGCUGGAGCUCGUGUGCAAGAACAUCAACGUCCGUCAUCGAAACGCACAAUUCGCCGGUCGAGCGAGCAUCGAGUAUUACGUCGGUCAAGCCCUCAAGGGGAAAGUGGUUGAGGAGGAAGGAUUCGUGAUGAAGGCCUUCAGCAACGGGUUCGUGGUCUACGUACCUAAAUUCGGAGUCGAGAGUUUGAUUCGGUUGCGGGAUCUGGUGGGUGAUGGGGAAGAGGAGCCGGAGAGCGAGUUUGAUGCGGAGAAUUUCGUGCUGAGGACGAGGGGGAAGAGGGUCCUUGAGGUAGGGUUGUUUGAUAAGGUUGUUGUGCGGAUUAGUGAUGUGAAGGAGGAAUUUACGGGGAAGAGGAAGGUGAAGUUUGAGUUGGUUAAGGUGGGUGGGAAAUGAGGAGAGCGGGGAGAGAUAUGAGGGUGUGGAUAUGUAGAUG